CGAUGGAAUGUGACUGCGCCACUCGCUCGCUUGCGCCGCGUCAACUGCGCUUUGUCCUUUUUUCCUUACUGGCGGUUAUCGCUUUGUUCAUCUUUGUUUUUUCCUCCUUUUCCAUUACAAUACCCCCAUUCUCUAACCUCGUUCGCCUUCUUUUUUUUUCGAAUCAUCGCCUUUGCGUUUGUAUACUAGUAACCUACACAACGACGCAGCGCUGAACAAGCAAACCUGCCCACUCGCUCGCUACCCACUCCCCGCGAUCUCUCAACCUCAGAUAAGCUUUCGGCUUCCGAUUCACCUACAGGCCAAUCACGAUGGCUCCUUCGCCGGUCCUCGUCGACCCCGUCACAUCAUCCCUCCUCGCUAUCCACGAAAAGACACAUACACAGGCUACGCGCGAUCUCAACAACCCGACACAUACACAGGCAGUUACGCUAGGCGUCAUCGCGGCGUAUACCGUGGUCAUCGCUAUUCUAUGGAACGUGCCGUACGUUAACAAGAUCCUGUGGCCCUUCAAGAUGCUCGUCAUUGCCUUCCAUGAAUUUGGCCACGCCAUCACAGCUGUCAUGACAGGCGGGCGCGUCAAGUCCAUCUCGCUGGACCCCAACGAAGGCGGCGUGACAAAGAUGGUGGGCGGAAUCAGCGCCAUCACUCUGCCUGCUGGAUAUCUCGGCUCUUCGCUUAUCGGUGCCCUUCUUACCUUUUGCGGCUUCGACAUUGUCGCCUCCAAAGUAGCCAGCAUCGUCCUCGGUGUCUGCUUCCUCCUCACUCUGUGGUGGGGCAAGCGUGACUGGUUGACGGUGUUGACUGUCUUGCUUGCUGUUGGCUUGCUCAUUGCCUGUUGGUUCAUCGUCCACGCCGAGGCUCUAAGAUUUGUCGUCCUUUUCAUCGGUGUCAUGUCGUCUCUCUAUAGCGUCUGGGACAUUUGCGACGACCUGAUCCUUCGCAAGGUCAACUCGUCUGACGCCAGUGUCUUUGCUAAGCGCUAUGGCGGCUCGUCUCAGUGCUGGGGCAUUGUGUGGUCCAUCAUUUCCGUUUUCAUCAUGGCUAUUGGCAUUGUUGCUGGUCUCGCUGCCUUUUCUCAGUCCUUUGAACAGCAGCGCGAGGACUCUCAGCACUUCAUCCCUACAUAAAAGUGCUCAACGUGGGUUGUGUUGGCGGGCGUUCUGUACAUUUCCUUGUUUUACAUUAGAUUAUAGCCAGUGCGGCAUAUGAUACCAAAUUCAUGACAUGUUUACAUCUUC